UUUCCAUUUCGUUCACAGGUGAGAGAGAGAGAGAGGGAGAGACGAAAUUCUCCCUUUUGAUCUCUUCUCUUCUCUUCUCUUCCACCAUCAUCAUAUUCCUCUUGACUCAAUUCUCUGUAAUUAAUGGUUCGAUUUGAGGAAUUUGUACUGUUGACAAUUAAAGCCAGAAGUAGACAUCUUUUAAGGCUCAAGUUCUUGACGAAGAGUAAGCAUAUUUGGUUUUCUGAUAAGUGAUUUUAUGACAAGUAAACUUUGUGUGGUUCAAACUUCAUAAAAACAGCCAUUACUGCACUUUUGCGUAUCAAGCUUGCUGCUACCUCUUGCUAUGUGGAGUUCUUUCUCUAAUAAGAUUCGAAGCCUUGGUCAGAAGAAAAACUUUGUUGAAACAAGUCGACCUUGUUUAGAAUUCUCGGAUGAUGAGACAUCUUCAAAUGCCAAUGCAGAGGAAGGACUGGAAUGUCCAAUAUGCUGUGAAUCCUUUAACAUUGUUGAGAAUGUGCCCUAUGUCUUAUGGUGUGGCCACACCCUAUGCAAAAACUGUGUCUUAGGGCUCAGUUGGGCUGCCUUGGAAUUCUCCAAUCAACAAAUCCGUAUUCCGUUCUUCAUUUCCUGCCCAUGGUGCCAUUUGUUAACACUCCGACUGGUUUGCAAUGGAAAUCUCAAAUUUCCUCGCAAGAAUUUCUUUCUCCUCUGGAUGAUUGAGAGCUUGAACGGAGACAGAAUGAAGUCUCCUUUGUCCAUCAGUGGGAACCAUCCAUCUAUUUGGUCACCUAGAAGCCCCUUAGCUUUUGGAAACCAAUUUAACAACAAUAGCCUCAGAAGAACCUCACUCACUCAUCGCCUAGGACGUUCGGGGACUAACAGUAAUAAUGAUAGCCACACCAAUACUAGCCUUAAUGUGGAGAGGAACCAUCCUUCCCUUAACAAAUUCUUUCACUUUACAACCAAGUUCCCACUGGUGAUUAUACUUCUUCUGAUUGUUGGUUUUGCACUGCCUGCCAGUGCUACCAUCUUGGUCCUGUACUUGAUAAUUACAGUUUUUUUUGCAAUCCCGUCUUUUCUGCUACUGUACUUUGCUUUCCCUGGUUUGGAUUGGCUGGUAAGAGAAAUCACUUCCUGAAAUUGUCAUUGGUUCCGCAAUACAUAUAUUUCUUUUCAUACUACAUGAUAUGUAUAUGAUAUGUAUCGCGUUUUGUACAAUUUUGACAACACUGGGUAAGAAAGCUUUGUAGCCUGAACAUGACUUUGUCUUUGUUUGCCUGUAUGGUCACACUGCAUUUCAAGGAUUUAAAUUUCUAGCACCAAUUUCAGUGCCUCUCAUUU